CCGAGCGCGAUGGCGUACCACUUCCCGUAGACCUGGUGAGGACAACCAAAAGAGCUUAUGCUAAAACCAUGUCCAGUGCAGGCCUUGCGGCGGAAAGCAGACUUCUUCAGCGGAGUUUUCCUCUACUCUUACAGAUCUCCAGCAUCGCUGCCUGCCGGCUGAAAAGAUUGGCAGCUCAGCCAGCCACACAGGAAACAGGCCGCUCAGCCCAGAUGGGAUUCAGGCAGAGCCAGGAGGGACCCUUUCCGGGCCAAGGGGCUGAAGCAGCCGUUCACCUCAGCCUCAGACACUCUGGGGAAAGCCAGCUCCAACCAGGGGCUAGCAGAGCUCCAGAAGCCUUGGCUAAGCGAGGCCCAGAUGGAACGGGGGGCUUUUCCCGGCAGGGAUCAGGUGGCCCCCUCGGUCACACAUUAGGCUGGCCAUUCCCCUCGCUAGCUGGGAGUGACCCGCUCUGGGGCGAAGUGUGCGGGAGCCCCGGACCGGCCCCUGCAGAAGAAUUGGCUGGCUCUUCAAGGCAGAAUUCCAGCCGAGAGCGUCCCGACGGGUUCCAGGGGGAAUCUUCAGAUUGUGAUGCCUUCAUGUGACACAUAAAGGCAUCGCAAUUUCCCUUCAGAUGUCACAGAGCCCCAGCAGAGGCUGCACAAAGCCAGGCUGGAACGAGAGGGGAGCUUGGCUAGCACUUGCUGCCUGUCUCCCUUGAAGCGCAGAAAGGGUUUUUCCGGAGCUCAGGGAGGCGCGAUCCAAAGGACUCAGGAUGAGGUUCAAGAGGAAAAAAGACCUGAAGGAACAAAUCCGUGAGCUGCAGUCCAUCAUUCACAUCCAAGAACAAGGGAGGAAGCUCCGCACCCACGGGAGCGAGGAGGCCGUGCGCAAGAACAGGGAGCUGAUCGGCUUUCUGCGCACCACCCUGCAGGGAGAGAUGCAUGAGCUGAAUCUGGGGCUGAAGUAUGACCACGUCACAAUCAGCAGGGCCUGCCUGGACAGGAAGCGGCUGAAAAUCGCUUUGGCGGAAUAUACGGUGGAGCAAGCUCGAGAGUCCCUGAGCAAACGGGUCUUCGACCGGAUGAACACCCACAACGUCCUCUUGUACGAAGUCAAGCGCCGGGGGAAACGCCUGGAGGAGCUCCAGGUGACGCUGCAGGACCUCAUCGACCUGGAGAUGGCCAGUCCUGAGGUCCAGCUCCAGCUCCAAACCAUCCGUCAGCUGGAGAACAACAUGGAGAAGAUGCAGGUGAACAUUGUGACGGCAGACAAGGUCCACAUCCUGUACGUGAAGAUGCUGGACGUGCUGAGAGCUGAGCUUUCUCAGCUUCCUUUUGUCCUGGAUGCCUUGGCGCGCCGGGUAGGCACCUACCAGAUGGAGCUGCAGGGGAUGGACCUGAUGGCAAAGGAUAUGCAGGAAGCCACGGAGGCCGCCAAGAUGGACAUGGCCAAGGCAGAAAAUGAGUUAAUUGCGGAGAGGAAAUUCCGGGAAAACUCGCUCAGCAUCCAGAGGAAGCAGAUAGAGCGGAUCCGUGCGAAGGAUGCCGUUGAGAGGCACCGUCGGACGCAAGCCCGGCGAGACAUGGACUUCCCUGCCCUGAUGAUCCGUGAAGGAACAAGGGGGGCAAAGCUGGAGGCUUCCAAGGCCCAGAUUGAGUACCAGGGUCUAGUGACCAGCGAGGUGGAGAAGAUCAAAAGUGCCGUGCAGUGCUCGCAUCUCUGGGAUAUCGCUGGGCGCUUCAUGGCCCAGAAGAAGUCUGAGGAGAACCUUCAGCAGCAGAUCGCCGAAUCAGAGAAGAAGCGACGAGGCCUCAAGUCCCAGCUGAAGGCUCUGGAGCUGCAGCGAGCCGAGCUGACAUUCCACCAGUCCCCGGGCUUCCUCAGCUCAAAGAAGCUAGAAGAGAAUCUGCGGAAGAACCUGGAGGAGGAGGAGGAGCGGCUUUCACGGGUCCAUGGCCAGGCCUCCAAAAACCAGGAGCUUCUCCUCCAUUUUGAGAACGGGGUCGACAACCUGAUCCUCAGGCUGUGUGACAUCCAUGUGCCUGGCCAGGAGGGCUUCCCCAAGAUGGAGGAUGUCUUCGAGAAGCUGCAGUUUUGUGAAACAAAACUUCUGCAUUUGAGCCGAAUGAUGCUCAAUUUGCCCUCCGACAGAUUCAGCGCAGACGAGAGCGACGAGACGUUUGUCCACCUCCGGAAUUUCCUUGAGGAGAGCACUGGGGAUGAAGAGCAGAACCUGAGAAUCGCUUUCAAUGAGGACGAAGAGGAUGUCCGAGGUCUGUCCUGUCUUGGGGUCAGCAAGGGAUGGGCUCCCAGAAGCUCCCCACUGGCAUUCAUGCAGCUCUGGGCUGAGCUUCACUGGGGGAGGGAGGAAGGGGGGGCUAUUGCUGCCAGAUCAGAAAGUUAUGCCUUAUUGGGAGUUUCCCACCAGAUGCCUCUUCGUAGGCUUUCUUGUGAAACAGCCUUUGAGUGUUUUCCCAGGGAAGGUUCACCGUACUGGAUCCACUCUGGAGCAGCAGAGUAGGGGCUGCCUGGCCUCAGUCCAGCUCAGCAGGUGGCCACCGUGUGUGGGUGAAACAGAGGUUUUCUUUGCCUGACCCACUGCCACAGGGUCAGCCUAUGGGCCAAACCGUGGGUUCCUUCCUCCCCUUGUCUCUCUUUAACCCUCCACCACAGAAGCCUUUCACUUUGCGGACAUCGACCACAGCUACGUGCCCAGUCGGGAGGAGAUCAAGAAGGAGGGCCUGAAGCUGAUUGAGGAGAAGACCAAGGUGACUAAGAAAAAGCAGAGAGGGGCCAAGAAAUGAGAGUUCCAAAAAC